AUGAUCGUCUUUGGAACUUCUUGGUCUAGGGACGAUGAACUUUGGAAAUGGCUUCAAAAUCUCCAAGAAGAAGGUCCUAAACACUUGGGAGUAGCAGGUCCGAUUAAUUUCCUCCCAUUUUUCAGAUUUUUCCCAAAAUACCGUAACAUUAUAUCUUUCAUAAAGACAAAUCUACACAAAACUCACGAAGUAUAUCACGAAUUAAUAAAUGAACAAAUAAAAUUAUUACAGACCACUACAGGCAACACAUCAUUAGAUAAUGUGGACACGAGCGUUGGGCAAAAUUUUAUCCAAUGUUUUGUGCUGGAAAAACUAAAGAAAACGGAUAAAAAUAUUAAACAGUUAUAUAGCGAUACGCAAUUCGUUUAUUUGUUAGCAGAUAUAUUUGGAGCUUCGUUGGAUACUACAUUGACGAGUCUGAGGUGGUAUUUUCUGUUUAUGGCAAAAAAUCAAAUAAUUCAAACAGAAGUCAGACAAGAGCUCGAAGACGUUCUUCAAGGACGUUCGGCGUCGAUGGAAGAUAUAAAUCAACUACCACUCUUUGAAGCAUCAGUUUUAGAAACAAUGAGAAUUAGACCUGUAGUCCCGAUAGGCAUACCACAUGGUUCCGUAGAAGAAAUGGAAAUUGAAGGUUAUAGGAUUCCAAAAGGAACUAUGAUCGUCAUGCUACAGUGGGCAUUACACAUGGACGAGAAGGUUUGGGAAAACCCGGACGAGUUUAAUCCACGUAAACGGAUGUGUGUCGGUGAAGAAUUGGCACGAAUGUUCUUAUUUUUAUUUACCUCGACAAUACUCCAAAAGUUUUCAUUUAGCUUAAGAAACGAAAACUUCGAUACAUGGGGAGAAUGCGGCAUCACACUUACACCUCACGAUUAUAAAUUGAUUGUAGAAAAAAUUAAAUAG